AUGCUGGGACCUUUCACAGGGCCGGGUCUGGGGGCAGUUCGACAUUCCCUGGACGCACCGGGCAUUGUUGUUCCGUCCGGGCAGGGGGCGGGGCAGGGAGAGGGCCGCUGCGGCCCGCGCGCUCCCGACCUGCGCACCGCCCGCCGCGCGCUCGCUCACGGCGGGGCCGCAGGGGGUGGGGGCUCGGCGCGAGCAACUCCGCCGGCCGCCCCGGCGUGCGCCUUCGGGAAGCUUCGGUGCCCGCCCUCUGCGCCCCGGCGCCCUGCGGGUCUGUGCUGGGAGAGGCCUGAGAGCCGCGUCCCGGGCGGUGCCGGAGAGGACGAGGAGGAGGAGGGACUCGGCGGGAGGGUGGGCUUGCUCUCAAUUUUGCGCAAAUUGAAAAGUGCACCAGACCAGGAGGUGAGAAUUCUUCUCCUGGGCUUGGAUAAUGCUGGCAAGACCACUCUUCUGAAGCAGCUUGCAUCUGAAGACAUCAGCCACAUUACACCUACACAGGGAUUUAACAUCAAAAGUGUACAAUCACAAGGUUUUAAACUGAAUGUAUGGGACAUUGGUGGACAGAGAAAAAUCAGACCAUACUGGAGAAAUUAUUUUGAAAAUACUAAUAUUCUCAUAUAUGUAAUUGACAGUGCAGACAGAAAAAGAUUUGAAGAGACGGUUCAGGAACUAGCUGAAUUACUGGAGGAAGAAAAACUAAGUUGUGUGCCAGUGCUCACCUUUGCUAACAAGCAGGAUUUGCUCACCGUAGCCCCUGCCUCUGAAAUUGCAGAAGGACUAAACCUGCGUACCAUCCGCGACCGCAUCUGGCAGAUCCAGUCCUGCUCAGCUCUCACGGGAGAGGGCGUUCAGGACGGCAUGAACGGGGUCUGCAAAAAUGUCAGUGCAAAGAAGAAAUAAAAUCUAGCCGAAUGGAGAGACGCAGGAGCUGUGGGAGCUGAAUUCUGUCUUGAAAAACACUAAUUUUGCUGCUUUCUGACCAAAUGUUUUUCCAUCUGCAUACAGCUACAGCUGUUUGAAGG